GUGUCAACAGUUGGAGACCCUACCUGCAAUGCAAUAAUAAAUACAUUUCAUUGACCCCCAAAGCUCCCAACCUUGAGUAUUUUCAUCAAGAACCCCUGACCAGUCCUUUCCCUCUGCUGCUUUUUAUGGCAAUCAAAUUAUGACCACCACCCACCAUCGUAGAGCAUGGUCUGUGACCUCAAUUCCGGCAACAAUGACCAGCCCAAACCCCACAAUGCCUCUUCCAAUUUGAUUAAAGCCUACAAGCGGCAGCAGCAGCAACACUCACUCAAAGCCCACAAGCAGCUACUAGCUAGUUGCUUCUCAUUAGCAAAUCUUGUUUGAAAGUUUGAAACUUUUGAAAACAAUCAAAUGGGUUGCUGUAUGAGCACCACCACCACUGAAAAGUCCUCAGCUUUAGGUCCUCAAAAGCUGCAGCAUUCUUUGGUGGGCACUCAAGGACCAAGAUCUGAUGAUGCCCAUGACAGCAGAGCACCACCUCCAGUAGAUGAAGAGACUGUGAAAGAAGUGCUUUCUGAGACUCCAAGGCCCAAACCAACACCAUCUUCACCACCACCACCACUCAUGCCUUUCACAAAGCUCCAAGAACACGGGCCAGAAGAUCAAGAUCAAGAAAAGAGAGCCCAUGAACCAGUCUUUGAGAAGAAAAUCAAGCAAGAAGACCCAGAAAAGAUUGAGGAGAAAAUACCAAUUUACAACAACAAUGGAGAGAUCUCAGAGGUAUCGGAGAUUUGCAGCUUGAGUGAGAGCAUGUCCACCACCACCAUUACCAGAGACGACGAUGAAGAGGUCCAUCAAAGGGUCAACAGGUCUCCGAUGAGAAUACCAAAGAACCGGGACCCAAUAGGCCGGAGGAGAGACCGGGUCGUGGGUAAGUCUCCGACCCGGAGAACCGAGUCGUCGCCGGGUCGGAAAUAUGGGCCAAAUGGUAAUAAUGGCGCUGGGUCAGUGAGAUUGGUUCAAAGCAGAGAGCCGGGUCCCGGUCAACAGCCACUGUCCCGGCGUGGGUCGAGGGCCGAGUCGAACCGGCGUGACCCGGGUGAGAGUUCGGGGAGGAGGUCCAGGUCACCGGCUACUAGGGUUACGGAUGGUGGCGGGGCUAAUAGAGCGAAUGUGGGUCGGAGCCCGUCUGCCAGGAGAUCCGGGAGGUAUCCGGGUCGGGCCGCGGUGGGUCAAGUUGAGAGUUCGGGUUCAACCCGAAGAGUUGCUGAGGAGCCUAUGAUGGGGGAGGGUAAGUGGCCCGCCAAUGAGUCUAUUGACAACCCACUUGUUUCUUUGGAAUGCUUUAUUUUUCUAUGAAUUUGGGAAAUUAAAAUGUAACUGUGACCUGAAUCACUGAAUCCUGAGCCCCAUCUUCUUCUUCCUUUGUUUUUUUGGCUUAGAACUCAGUCAGAAGCUAAGAACUCAACUUGGAUUUUCUGGGAUGUUUAGAUUAUGUAAAUAAUGGUUAUGUCAAAGGUCAAUAUGGGAAAUUGAGGUACGAUUUUGCAAUGUGAUUAGGCAACAAUGCCACUGGUGUCAGUUUGUAAUUGUAUGGAUAGUUGGAUACGUCAUCUGCCAUUAAUUGUGGUCGUCUUAUUUGGAUUUAUUUUCCUUUCUUGUACUAGUUAGUUUAUGUAAAAGAUGAUGCCUUUGCUUUGCUGA